GCGACCCGAUGGAGCCCGCACCCGACUCCGCGGCUGUGGAGAUUCCCGCCGGCCGCCUCCUCAGCGCCCGGGAGCUCCUCGCCGCCCGCUCGCGGUCCCAGAAGCUGCCCCAGCGCUCGCACGGCCCCAAGGACUUCCUCCCCGACGGCUCGGCCGCCCAAGCCGAGCGGCUGCGCCUCUGCCGCCAGGAGCUCUGGCAGCUGCUGGCGGAGGAGCGCGUGGAGCGCCUGGGCAGUUUGGUGUCCGCGGAGUGGAGGCCGGAGGAGGGCUUCGUGGAGCUGCGGUCUCCCGCGGGCAAAUUCUGGCAGACUAUGGGCUUCUCCGAGCAGGGCCGGCAGCGGCUUCACCCCGAAGAGGCCUUGUAUCUGCUGGAGUGUGGCUGUAUCCAGCUCUUCCACCAGGAUCUGCCGCUGUCUGUCCAGGAGGCUUACCAGCUGCUGCUGGCCGAGGACACCGUGACUUUCUUGCAGUACCAGGUCUUCAGCCACUUGAAGAGACUGGGCUACGUAGUACGACGAUUCCAACCAAGCUCCAUCCUAUCCCCUUAUGAAAGGCAAUUGAAUUUGGAUGGCAGUGCCCAGCGCUUGGAAGAUCGGAAGGGCAAGAGGAAGAGGAGUAGUUGCAGCUCUGUGUCCGUUAAUAAGAAGCCCAAGGGCCUGGAGAGCCCCCUGCAGGGGGUGGAUGGGACUCCCAGGAACCUGGCAACCUCCAGCCCGCCCCUGAGCCACCAAAACAGCCUGUGCCUGGAGGAGAAACAGCAGGAAUCAAGCCCUGUCACAUGCCCAGGACACCCCUUCCAGCUAAGGGGUUCCCUGGAGUCCUGUCCUGGUCCGGCCAGCACAGGGAUGGAGCACAGUGGCAAAGUAGAGAAUGGGGUCGAGGAGGCUCGAAAGCCUCGCUGGGACUUUGAGCAGAUCUCCUUCCCCAACAUGGCUGCAGACAGCCCCCACACCCUCUUGCCUGCCCCAGCCCCUGAGCUGCUCCCAGCCAGCGUUGCUGGGCGGGAAAUGAAUGCUGAGCCCUGGUGCCAGAAGCUAAACCAACGGAAAGAGAAGCUCUCACGGUGGGAGCAGGAGCAGGAGCAGAUGGCAGAGGCCCAGCACUUCCGGGAGGACAUAAAUUCAGACCCCGAGGUGCGGCGCUGCUCCAGCUGGUCCGAGUACAAGGAGCUGCUGCAGAGACGGUACCUACAGAAGAUCCAGCCCCGCCCCCCACAUCUGUGGGACCAACCUGUCACCCCGCUGCUGAGUCCCAGCCAGGCUGACAGUCCAGCCAUGGUCCUUCAGCAGAUCUCUGUGCUGCAGACGACACACCUCGCUGACGGAGGUGCCCGGCUGCUGGAGACACCCGGGGGCUUGGAGAUUGCCUUUGAUGUUUACCAGGCAGACGCUGUGGCCACAUUCCGGAAGAAUAACCCUGGCAAGCCCUAUGCCCGGAUGUGCAUUAGUGGGUUUGAUGAGCCAGUCCCAGAUCUCCACACCCUCAAGCGGCUGUCCUACCAGAGUGGGGAUGUUCCGCUCAUCUUUGCCCUCGUGGAUCAUGGAGACAUCUCCUUCUACAGCUUCAGGGACUUCACGCUGCCCAGGGACCUGGGACAAUGACCACACAGCCCUGGCAGGGCCCCACGUGGGCUCUGGGGGACCUGAACUGUCUGUUCUCAGGACCAGCUCAGCUGCCCGCUACUCCCAGACUCUGGCCCUCCUGUGGCCAGGGCGGGCCCUAGGUGUCUGAUGCCUGCAGGACAGCAAAGCCAUCCCCGUCUGGCUGCCUCAGCGCUUCUAAGCCACAGGCCUAAUGUUGCUGCCUGCAGUUAUCUCGUUGGAACUCAGGACUAGAUUUCAGAGACCCAGGAGGUGGGCAGAAGAGGACUCAGUGCCUUUAAAUGAGGGUGCCUGCUUCAUGCGAUAAAGCCAAAGCCAUUAAA